AUGUUGGCGUGCGGGCACAUAGAUUGCCGGCGAGUUCGCAGGUUCCCGGCUCACCUGAACCUUCGAGACGUGAGCGGAAUGGACGCGGGGACGUGUCACACGGGCCACAAGAAGAACGGGGAAAAGGCGAGCAGCAUCGCUCAAAAAGCGGCCCAAGAAGCCAAAGCCGCAUCGGAUGCUCAAAACGUCGCCGGCCAACAGGCGGCUCGUCAGGUGAAAGCUCAGCUGGCUGAAAAGGCGGUACAAGCUGCGAAAGCAGCGGAAGCUGCUCUGUCCGGCAAAGAGGCGAUAGUGGAGCAGCUGCAAGAAGAGGUGAAAGAAGCGCAGUCGGUCGUGCAAGAAGAGAGCUCAUCUCUGCAGCAGGCGCAGACAAACGUCAACGCCGCCAUGGAAGCGGCGCGUCAGUCGCAGCAACAGAUGAAGACCUUGACCCAUGCCCUGCAGACCGCCAAGUCGAAUUUGGGGAACGCGCAGGCGGCCGCCCAGGGUGCCCAGCAGUCGAUGAACGAGAAAGAGGAACUCCUCGAGGCGGCCAAGAGGAGGGUCGAGGAGCUCACGAGUCAGCUGCAGGCUGCUAAGGUCGACCUCUCCAACACCAACCAGGCAGCGGCUAAGGCCAAUGCCGCGGCUCGUGAAGCCAAAAUCAACGCCACCAGGAAUAGGAGGCGAUCGGCCCUGAUCGAACCCUCGGAUUCUAGUCGCGUUCGCCGACAAAGAGUCGUCGAUCAGUGA